AUGAGGACUGAUAUUUUUAAGGCACAGGCCCGGCAGAAGAAAUGGUAUGACCAGAAGCAUAUGAAACCUCCAGAACCUGAAGAUGGGGAUAAGGUGAUGAUGGACCGACGCAAUAUGGUUGCCAAUCGACCCUCAAGCAAGCUUGACUAUAAGAAACUAUGUCUCUUUAAGGUUGAUGAAAAACUUGUUGUUGCGUUCUACAGGCUGAAGCUUCCCUCUCAAUGGAACAUUCAUGAUGACUUCCAAAUAUUUCUGCUGGAGUCCUAUCGGGGACUGAAAUACCCUCGACGCACUGAAGUCCCUCCUACUCCAGAUGAGGUCGAAGGAGAAUACAGUUACGCUCUCCAAGAAAUAGCUAAUAGCCGAUGGCAACAGGCUGGGCAUUAG